GAAGCUACCGAGGGUUAUCGCUGGUGACUUGACGCUAUCGGGUCUCCUCUUCCACUCUGCGGUUCCUGAUCGCUGUCAUCAUGCAGGUGGAAUCUGCGCAGUGUGGCUCAGCGUACAGAUCCCAAACACCAGCCUCACCGAGCUGCAGCUCAGGACUCGGGACUCCGGAGAUCAGACUGCAUUUACAGCUGUAAAGGAACCAAUCAAGGAGGGGAAAGCAACAAAUUGGAUUUUCCCCCUCCGCUUUCACUUGAUGACCAUCAGCAGUUUAGAUACAGAGGCUUCAUCAAUUUAACACAACAUGAUGACUGAGUUAAAAUAACCCACAUAUCGAGGAUUUCUCUCUGUAUCAUACUGCUGGAAUAAGCUCACACUGCUGUGUUGAUACUGUCAAACAGUUUUCCUUGCCUGGCGCAGUCCAACUCAGCAGCAGUCGCAUAGGAUGCCAUACAAGCCUAUAGGAAGUGACUCUCGCAGCUUGACAGGGAACAAUCUCCGAGGAACCCGAAGGACGUAAUCUUUGUCCUGCGGAUCUUAUCGGUGUAAAAACACUCAUGGCGAUGGACGAAGGUACUGUCAGCGAGAGCAUCCCAGACCUCAAAGACAUAGAGGCGAAAAUCGGCCGGAAGACCCCCGAGGGUUUGCUCAGGUGGAUGCGGGAAGAGUCGUCCUCUCUCCGGGCAGACGCCAAGCUGGCCCUCGCGCACGACACCGGUAAAGAGACCGGGAUGAAGAGUUUGGAUGAAAAGAUAAGAAAACUGAAGAUGGAGAUGGCUCACUUGCGCUCGGUGGACGUUAAGAUCCUGCAACAGCUGCUGGCGGUGCACGAGGGCAUCGAAGCAGUGAAAUGGCUGUUUGAGGAGCGCAGCACACUGACCAGCCGCUGCAGCAGCCUCACCAGCAGCCAGUACAGCCUGGGGGAGGGACCCGACACCUCUUGGAGAGGCUCCUGGAGCAGCUUGCAGGACCCCAAUGACAAGCUAGACAACAUCUCCAUUGGCAGCUACCUGGACACGCUGGCAGACGACAUGGAUGAGUACUGCCCUUCCAGCUCUGAAUCCGUCAUCUGCUCCACCACACCUCUAGUUUCGGAGGCUACUGCUGGGGGCCGCAUGGCGGGAGGCUCCGUGGCCACAGUCACUGCCGCGGUGUCAGGGACCGUGUUAGGCCUGAAGUCCGGGUCUAGUGCUGUGGGAAGUGAGAAUGGUACUGGGGUUGGAAUUAUUCCAGAAGUGAAAGGUGGACCUGGGAAUGUUGCCAUUGGGAAGGGAACUGGAGGAACUGAAAGUGGGAAGCCAGCAGCUCCUGGCAGCUGUCCACAAGCCAAGUCUGAGGGCCUCAAGCAAGGUGCUCCUAUCUGGACCAAGACUGCAGAGACGGAUAAGGGAAGCCCCAUGUUUAAGGUCAGUACUCCAACGCAAGGCCUUAAAGCUAAUGGUGUCCUGGAGAAAUCAACCACACAAAGAGGCAGCCCGACCCGCACCUGUCUCAGUGAGAAACUGGCAACCAGCCAGAGCCCCAAAGUUAAACCUUACAAAAAUGGAAAGAUUGACUUGGACACGUGCAAAAUGAAUGGCAAAAUGCAUCUGGAGUACGACGCCCACUGGCGCUGGGUGCAGUCGCAAGAAGAUGUGACGUUUUUGUAAGAAGAAUAAUCACAGAGAGGGACUAAAGCCACUAUUGAACACUCCCUCGGCAACAUCAAAACCCAGAUCACUGAAGAUUAAAAGAAGAGUGCACUGAUGUUGUGAAAGGCACAUAAUGGGGCUUUCCCCGGUGAAAGACACUGGGUAUGAGAGACAAUUACCUGUUUCUUCUUUUGUUCCUUCCUGUAACUGCACUAACUUCCUAUAAAACAUUGAUGUCAGUAUUAAGGGAUUUUGGACCAUAUAUAGCCAAACAGGGGUGCCUCACAAAAUCAACUUUAAAAUCCUGUGUCACAGAUUUUCCUCAGGGUCUUUUUAACAAUCCCUGAUAUUAUUUCAGUUUCUUUUCUUUUACGUUAUUUUGUUUUCCUGAAAAAUAAAGCACAGUGAGACGAUCUGCCAACGAGCUGAAACAUGACUUCAGAUGGUUUGACACAUACUUUAUCGGCAAGUCAAAAUUGAAACUUUGCCUUGACUUUGACUUUUUAAAAAUAAUCUAGGAACAAUAUUGCCACCAAUAUAUUAAUUCUGAACCUUUACAAAAACUAGUUAUUAUUAGUUACUUUGUAUAAUCAAUUUAACAUUUUGUGGAUUCUGUAUGAAAGUAAUUCCCAACUUUUUAUCUUUUAUCCUCUUCAAAUGAAAGAUUAUUCAGUUAUGGUGAUAGUUUCUGGGUAAUAAGGUAAAUGUAGCUGUGCCAGACGAUAAAAAAUGUACUCCUGGACUAGUUUGUAGAGGUAUUAGAGCAGAAGAUUUAAUGCAAUGUAUAUAGACAAAAGUAUCGGGCCACAGAGUCCCUUAAUCCUUCAGGUAUUUUUAGUUUCAUUGUUCUAACUCUAUAACAUCAAGCACCUAACCAUGCAGUCUUCCUUUACAAACAUUUGUGAAAGAGUGAGUUAUUCUAAGGAAUUCAAGCAUGGUACUGUAACAGGAUACCGCUGUACCACUGUUGCAAUACGUCAGGUUGUAACACGAAAGUGUUUGGGAACCACAGCAACACAGCCUCAAAGUGGUAGACCACAUAAAGUUACCAACUGCUAAAAGUGCACCUGGUAUAAAAGUCACCAAUGCUCAUCUGACUCAGCAGUUGCAGACUUUCAAACCUCCUGUGAUAUUAACAUCAGCACAACAUCUGUGUGCCAGGAGCUUCAUGGCAUCAUUUCAAUGGCUGAGCAGCUCCUGUUGGUGUAAUGUGUGGGUGGGCCGGUACUUUUGCCCAUAUUGUGUGUAUUUCACAAAUCAAAAGCAAAUGUGUGAUGAGAAAUAACCAAAAGUUUUGUGUAUUUAACUCUAUUGUUUCUUCUGAGCUCUUCAAAUUUACCUCAGGGCCCAUUUGAAGGGGCCUGACCCUGAGGUUGGGAAUGACUAUCGCACUCCACAAACAACAGCUUUUAUGAACCCCAGUGUACUGCAUAUAAGAUAGUAGUAGAGUCACUCCCGACGCAUAAUAUACUAACGAUUUGUCACGUCCCGAGGCGUUCCAUGGAAAUGCGAAAGGUGACCUUCCGCGUUUCUAAGCUACGCGCCAGAUUGUGCGAUUUAAACAAAAUAAACAUACAUAUGUAGAGUCAUUCCAGACAGUUCUCAUGUUUUCCAAACUCAUAAUAUAGGGAUGUGUUGGGCAGCCGAAAGCAUAAUAUAAUGACGAUUUGUCACCUAGUGUUACGCUUUGGGAGUGAGAACGUGUUGAGCAGUAAUAGUGUAAAAUCAACCUCUCAUUGAAAUCCUAAAUAAAGAUUGCUAUAUUGAUCCUUGUUUAUUGAUAAUAUAUCACUACUCUUCCAGUGGUUAAUGACCGCCUUAUUGUUUCAACAAAAAAAUAGAAAAACAAUAUGAUUUUCUCCCCAACUGUUUAUCCCCAAACACUUUCCUGAUCAGCACUAGAAAAUAUGUCAAACUUGCAAUAGAAGACGAAGCACUGAGAUAAAAGUUUAACACAUUGAAAAACAAAAAAAGUGCCAGUGAUAGCAUUUGUGUCUUUGUAAAGCUAAUCCCUUCAGUGCGUUACCAAACAUGUGCACGAUUGUAUAGUCACUGAGUUGUAGUACAGCUACCAGUGCACUGGUUACUAGUUGUGACUGGUUAUAGGCAAAUCUUGACUUUGGAUGAAAAUCUUUCUUCUGUUUUGACAAUUACGCUAACCUGUAUUAGUUUUCUUUAAAGCAAAUGUUGUGCCUGAUUGGUGUAAACCUUAACUACAUAUGCCUGUUUGUUCCCUGAGAUGACUGCACUGUUGUGAUGAUAAUCUUUUAUUAGUUUUGCCUCUCCGUGGGCUUUGCUUGCGUGUACAAAUAGCUAGACCAAAAGUCUGUGUGCUAUUCAGCAUCGACUGGUAAAUGUGUUAUGCUGGCUGGGUGGAUAUUGCUUGCCCUGUGCUGACAUCUUUAUUGGUUGAUUUGUGAGCAGUACGCGGAAGACUGAACACAAUCAGUGAAGAAAAGCAAUAUUUCCUGAAGGCUGUCUGCUGGCUUACAUAAGCAGCCUCUUCUCAGCAACUGAAAUUUAAUAAUACUGUCUGAUCUUCAAUAGAUGACAGUGCUACUAAUGUUGUUCAGUUUUUUUUAUGUGCAUGUGCGAGAGAAAGACACAGCCGGCCUCCCAGGUAUGAAUAAGAAUAGAUGAAUCCCAAAGGAUCGCAGAUUUUUUCAGCUUACUCAUCACAAUGUAACUACAUCACUCACCAGUCUGCAGUUAUUCAUGUUAAUGGUGCAGGGAUGGUGCAACACAUGUGGUAAAUGGAGGGGAACAUAUUACAUAAUCUGUCCAGUUUCUUUCAGUGCCUGGAAGUGUUUGAAACUAUUAAAUAUGAGUGUUGAUAAAAUAUGAGCUUUGAUACUGGUUCCAACACAAAUGGGCAUUUUUCAUACUUUCUGCACAUUUCAGUCAUCUUGGUUCCAUAACAACAUAACAUUUCAUUUUUCUUUGAAACAACCAGAUGACUAUUCACGCAGCCAUUUUGUGUCUGAAUGGUCACAGAUUCCAUGCCACAUAUGCAGUUUGGGGCUCAGAUACACGAGAGUUAGCUUCUCAUUUCACUAUUGCUAGCUAUAAAAUUUUUCUGCACUGACCAUAACACUAUGACUUAUUUAUUUUGGAAAAAAUAUCAAGUAAGGAGGAGUUUAAAAAUGCACAUAGGAAGCUACAUAAAGGCUCAGUUACACAGGCCUCAAGCCUCCAGCUCCUUGCAAUUCCUCUUGUAGUUAGCAGGCUCCUGCAGUUGUCCGUGGUUUGUAUGUAAGACACAGACUGGUCUGCAGUUAGUUACUUAACCACCAGUGGUAGGGAAACUAAAAAGUGCCAUGGAGCCAGGAAACUGAGAAUGCUCACCUUCAAAAUAAAAGCUUUGCCUUAUCGCUGAAACCAACAUGUGACAAAAGGGGCAACUUUUACUUUGGAGGUGAACAGUAUUUUGUGUGUCGCACUGUUCAGUACUGCUCACCAAGCAGCAAGUGUUUGCAGACAAGUUGGCAUUUCACAUGCAAAUUAGAGGUAACCAUGGCGGUCUGCAUGUGACCAAAGUAAUCGCAAGGUUUUAAAUGCAGCAGCAUGUGUCUCUUUGCAAUCAAUUUAAAAGCAACAUCAAGCAACCUUGUUCAACCAUUUGUCAAACAGUCAGGCUAUAGACAUUAUAUUCCGAUGACCCGAGGAGCUAGCCGGGCUCUAGACCUGCGUAAGUGCAAUUUAGCAAUAAAUGUUACUAUGAAACACCCAUUUUUCUUGGUUGUCAGCAAGUGGUCUGUAGGCCUUUGUUACUGAGGCCUUGGAUAAUAUUGGUUGUAGAUGCUGGAGGCAAAAUUUCAUGACUAACUGUCAUAGGAUAAUAAUAAAGAGUAAACGUGCAAGUUGUGACCUGAGCUUUUGUACGUAACCUGCUGCCAGUCAGUGUCACUUUAGCUAGAUAGGACAAGUUCGCUUUCUGGUAAAAGCUCUAUUUUCGUUGACAUAAUUUAGAAAAGACAUUCUAGAUUAAUGAAAUGAUAUGUGAUAAAAUAGCCUAUCUGGCUCAAAUUUUGGAUACAAAAUUCUCCCAAGUGUACUAUUAGAAAAGAGAAUGUGAUGACUUGGCGUCAAUUACCUCCAUCCUAAUUUAAUCAUGUUCUUAAACUCAACAGCUCCAUUUGUUUUAGCCACUGAAGUGUUUCCUCUCUCCUCCUGCUUUUCUUUUUGUCCUACUUUCCACCACCACACUGGUUUCAUGGAAAUGUUCAGUCAGUGCCAACACACAUCAUGCGCACACAAUGCCUUCUCACUGAAGACAGCACCAUACAGCCGGCACCACAGACGCAGUGACUGUAGGCUAGUCCUCGAGACUAGGGAGGAAAAGUGAGAUGAAGCUCAACCUUGAACUGACUGUGAAGAUGUUAAAAAUCCCAUCUUUUUUAUCCCUAAAGCCAAGCAGAGCAUCUCUCCAUCCCAGGAUAUUUACUUCAGCCAUGGUAUAUCCUCCAACCACAGUAUAGACAUGAAGUCAUUUGAAACCAUUUCCCUUUUUAACAUAUGCUGGCUGUAAAGCUAUGCAACAUGCCAAAAAAAUGUCUGCUCCGCCAGUUUGUGGUUUUUUUUCCAAAUUAGCGGAGGCAUAUGGGGAAAAAAAACUACGUUUAGUUCAGGGAAUGAGCCUGUAAAACACAUUAUAUGAAGCUAUAGUGUGUCUUUCUGAAGUUAUACUCUGUCCUCUAAUGGUUUAAUGUGGGCACAGUUGGAACAUUUGGAAAAUGGACGAUGUUUUAAACCUCUCCUUGGCAGAGAGUGUUGACAGUUUAGGUGCCAGGGGGAGCUGCUUGUGAUCUGACUGUUUUUUAAAGUGAGAUGAUAACGGCUGUGUGCAUUAGCAACAAUGGAAGUGUUACUAAGUUCUGAAAAUCUUGUGAAAAAUACUUUUAAUCUAGAAUGAGAGAAAUGUCCUCUUUCUUUCUAGAAUUUUUCAUAGGGUAUGAAGGUGAACAUCACUGGGAAGAUCGUAAAUCCUUCUCUUCUGCUCUCUCUGUGUCCAAGAUUUAUCAGAUGGCCGGUGCGCGACGUGUUUGCAUUGGCUUCAGGUGCUUUUGGCUUCAGAAUACCUCCUCUGGCUAUUCUGGGUGCAAGACAAACAGUGUGAUUACAUAGACGAGCGGAUACCCACACGAACAUGGUUGCCAUGACAAUGAGGCCAAGCAGGCUUGAGCUCUAGUGGCUACAUAAAACAAUGUUUACUGCAGUGCCAGUAACAGCAUAGCAGUACAGUCUAAAUGAAAGCAGGUGAGAUAAAAUCUGUGAUAAAUGCAGACAGCAGACAUCCAAAUUAUUUGACCAUUAUACGUAAGGUCAGUUCAUAAAAAAAGUAUCAAAUGUAGUUAGUAACAAUGUAAAAGACUUUUAAAAAUAUGAUACUUUUUAAGUGAUUCUGUUUUAGAACUCAUUUUUAAUCCAGUCUGUCGAGUACCAGUGACAGAUUACAUGUGACACAUGUAAUCAUUGUAGACAGCCCCCUAUGUAUGUUAAACACAUGAAAUGCAAAACACAGAUCUUUCUCACUGUAUCUAAAAAUUGUGAUCUGUACUUCCCAGUGAUAACCACAUCAAAGCCCCAAAGUCCAUUUUUUAAAGCAGAGAACAGAACUUUUUUCCUCAAGAGGCAAAAAUAAAAUUCAGUAUCACCCAUUCAUUGCUCUUCUAUUACUUUAAAAAUGAUACGAAUUCUGCAUUUUGGGGGGAAUGCUGCAUAGGAAAUUGCUCAUUUCUGUUUUUUUGACACUUCCUGCUUCACCCUUGGUAUAAAGCUCAGCUAUCCUCUCUGUCAGCCACCUAAAAUUCACCCAAGAGGCCUUUUGCUGCCAUUUUUUUACCCAUUUUUGAAAAGUGAGAAGGCAAACUGGUGUGUCUCUCUGGAGGCAGAGUCAGCGGAUAAACAGUGAGCCGAGUGCACAGCGUGCAGCUAAAAGGAAGCUUCCACUCCCAGAGUCCUGCUGUUUUCUUCCUUCCUCUUAUGCAUACACAACACCCAAGCACAAUUUAUCCUGGGACUGAUAUGGGUCUCUAUAGCUGACAGCAUUUCCUUCUUUUAAGGUUCUUUUAUAUUUUAGUCUCAUGUUUCUGUGUAUUUGUUCACAUCUCAGAAUGUUCAAAGUAAAUGCAAGGGAACUGAAUCAAACCCUACUGGGUGCAUGCUGGGUGCUGACCCAGGUCCAAAACCUGACUUAAGCUAAACAAAAUCUAGAGGAUUAAAAGACAAAAGCCAGAGAGACUGACUGCAGUUCAGCUGAAUCAAUAAAGUUAAGCUUUAUUUUGUUAUGCAAUAUGCCUUCUAGAAAAAAUGUUUGUCUUUUUUUCCUUGUAAAGUCAAAAUGUUCAAAAUUAACAGAUUAUGUUCAUUGAUGUGGGCGAUAUAUAUUAUGAAGUAUGUAAAUUAUAUGAGUGUGUCUAAUAAUUAAAGCUAUUUUAAAUGUU